AUGUCUACGAAGUAUCCUAGUACGAUGAGCUGCACUGAGGCCUUUGACCAGCUGAGCGCCUGUUAUUCAGUAGGGGGCCAAUUCCGCAACUACUAUCGCUAUGGUGAAUUCAAUGCAUGCACCCGGCAGCUAGAAAAGUUCAAGUUCUGUGUGCUUCAUGGAACGGACCCUGUCAAGAUCCAGCAGUGGUAUCGCGACCAAGCCAAGUUCAACGCUAUGCACAGAGGCUCUUCAGAUGAAAUAUGGGAGGAGCGCUGA